AUGCUCGAAGACCGCAAAGGACCGAAAACACUGGGCACUUGUGAGUGGGUCUCGGAAACCGAUGCAUACAAGAGCUGGAUCGCGAAGUCUUCCGGCCUACUAUGGAUCUCCGGAGAUGCCGGCAAGGGGAAGACUAUGCUUUCUCUCCAUCUCGUCAGCAGCCUGAAAAGCGACUCUUCAGCUGCGCAUGUCGUCCACUUCUUCAGCAGUCGAGAUCAAGGAAGGAACAAUGGUGCUUCUAUCCUCCGCGGCCUUAUCUAUCAACUGCUUUCCCAACGUCCAUCGCUUUUCAAGCAUGUCUUGGAUGACUACGACAAGCAUGGUACUAGUCUUUUCGAUGACAGAAAGUUUCAAGCCCUCUGGACCAUCUUCGCUCGGAUGUUAUACGACAAAAACAUCAUACCCAUUACAUGCAUUCUCGACGGUUUAGACGAGUGCGACGAAGACGGUCUCGAGGACUUCUGGGUGAAGAUCAAGAGCCUAUAUGAUACAGAUCUUGAACGGGAAGUGGAACAAUUUUCUCACCACUUGAAGCUUCUCGUUGUCAGUCGCAAUCACCCUUACUCUAUUGAGCAAGCAAUGCAUGCAUUCCCCCGACUGCGUCUUGAACCCGACAACGAGCCGCAAAUUGGAUCUGAUAUCUCCAAGUUCAUCGACGAUCGCAUGGCUGAUCUACGCUGCCCAAGAGAGACAUACGCAUACAUCAAGAGGAAGUUGUCUUCUCGGUCGGAAGGCACCUACCUGUGGGUCAGCUUUGCUAUCAACGCCUUGAAAAAGGUUCGGGUCAUCGACAUGGAAAGCACUGUCAACGCUUUUCCACGUGGUCUCGACGCCAUAAGCUCUGCGCGGACGACCAAGUAG